AUGGAGCAGACCCAGACAAAACCACUACCCGAACCAUUCAAGGAUUGGCCCAAUGACGCCGCGUUCGAAACGACGGCCGAGCAACGCGAGCCCAUCGAGCUGCCCGUGAUCGGCUCAUUCCCUCUGCAUGUUGCGGGAAUUCUAUACCGGACCGGACCGGCUAGCUACAAAGUCCCCGGAUCCAAGUAUCAGCUCCACCACUGGUUCGACGGCUUCACGCAGCUGCAUCGUUUUCAGCUUGUGCCCCAGUCUAGCGAGUCCUGCAAGGUGCUCUACAACUCCCGUCGUCAGGUCGAUGCGCUGAUUGAGGAGGUGCGCAAGACGGGCAGCCUGCGCGGCAUGACGUUCGGGCAGAAGCGAGACCCUUGUGCGAACUUCUUUCAAAAGGUCAAGGCAAUGGUAAAUGUGGGAGUCACGGUGCAUGCUAAUGCGAGAACAGGUCCCAGAAUUCCGUCCAACCUCAAAGUCCCUUCUAGGCAGCACGGGCAAGGGGGAUUCGCGAGUCUAACCACUCUGACCGAUGCGAACCUGAUCAAGCACAUCGACCCCGAGACCCUCGAGCCCCUAGGAGUAACGCGCGCACAUGCUGAGCUCGAUCCCAUCACAGGCGACCUAUAUAACUACAAUCUUGCCUUCGGCCGCCACGCGACAUACCGCGUGUUCCGGACGUCGGCCGCCACCGGCAAAACCGAGAUUCUGGCCACUAUCACUGGGUUCGGCGUGCAGGCGGCCUACCUGCACUCCUUCUUCUUGAGCCGGGACUAUGUGAUCCUGUGUGUUUGGCCGGCGCUGUUCGUGGCCGGGGGCGUCAAAGUCCUGUGGGAACGCAACUUGCUCGACGCCAUGCGUUUCGACCCCGAAACACCUACACGCUGGUACGUCAUCGACCGGAAAGAUGGGCGCGGAGUUGUUGCUACCUUUGCCAGUCCGGCGUUCUUCAGCUUCCAUACCAUCAACGCUUGGCAGACGGACGAUGCUGAUGGAGAAGAAGAGGGGCCGCGCGACGGGACCACAGACAUCAUUUGUGAUCUCAUCCAAUACCCCACCGAUGAAAUGCUGCACCGUGUCUAUUACGAGUCCCUGGUCUCGACGGGACCGAAAGUCGAGAAGUACUAUGGAAGUGACCGCUCGCGCCCUCGCCUUGUUCGCUAUCGCCUUUCCGGAAUUCCGUCGACUGCGACGACCGAAUUGACCAUCGCAUCCGAUGCCGUGGGCGAUCUACCAACGAUCAACCCCAGAUUCACCGGCCGAAGGACGCAAUUCUUGUAUAAUCUCUGCACGCAGGGAAAGUCAUCGUUCUUUGAUGGAAUGGCGAAAGUCGAUGUCGAUACCCAGGAAGGCACGAUCUGGUCUCGAGACCGACAUACCCCAGGGGAGGCAAUCUUCGUGCCUGACCUCGGGGCCGCGGCCGAGGAUGAGGGGUUCUUGCUGAGUGUGGUGCUAAAUGGGGAUACUGGGAUGAGUUAUCUGCUGUGUUUGGAUGCUCGGACAAUGACGGAAGUGGCACGAGCGGAGUGUGGGGCUGCCGUUGGGUGCGGAUUUCACGGGUCUCAUUAUCCAGCUAAGUAG